AAAAUAUGCAACUGAACCCUAAAAUCAACGCAAGUAGAGCAGUCCAGCCCGAUAAACCCAACACCGACCUAUGCCCCCGAAAAACCCCCGACAAAAACCCUAAUUCGGCCAGAAUAGGAGCUCGUUCUCUCGGUAAUUACGAGUUAUGACGACCAGAAUCGCUCCAGGAGUGGGAGCGAAUCUCCUCGGCCAGCACUCCGCCGAGCGCAACCAGGAAGCCACCACCUACGUCGGCAAUCUCGAUCCUCAAGUCGGUGAGGAGCUACUAUGGGAGUUAUUUGUCCAAGCAGGACCUGUUGUGAAUGUCUAUGUUCCAAAAGAUAGAGUUACAAAUCUCCAUCAGGGAUACGGGUUUGUGGAAUUUCGAAACGAGGAAGAUGCUGAUUAUGCUAUCAAGAUAUUGAAUAUGAUAAAACUUUAUGGAAAGCCGAUACGUGUGAACAAGGCUUCUCAAGACAAGAAGAGCUUGGAUGUAGGAGCAAACCUUUUCGUUGGAAAUCUUGACCCGGAUGUGGAUGAGAAACUUCUCUAUGAUACAUUCAGUGCUUUUGGUGUUAUCGUUACUAAUCCUAAGAUAAUGCGAGAUCCUGAAACAGGAAACUCCCGAGGCUUUGGUUUUAUUAGUUACGAUUCUUUUGAAACAUCUGAUAAUGCAAUUGAGGCCAUGAAUGGUCAAUAUCUUUGUAACCGGCAAAUCACUGUUUCAUAUGCAUACAAAAAAGACACAAAAGGGGAACGUCACGGAACCCCAGCAGAGAGAGUCCUAGCUGCAAGCAAUCCAGGGGUACAGAAGAACAAACCCCAUACUCUGUUUGCCAGUGGACCUCCUACCCUUCCCAACGGCGCCCAAGUCAAUGGUGCCCUGGCCACACCCAUCCCACCUCGGCCAUUCGCCAACGCCUCAAUUCCCCCUCCAGUUCGGCCGAUUCCACCUCCUGUCGGACAAUUCCCACCUCCGAUGCAUUUUGGCGGGCCCCCAUCAUGGCCUGGUGGGCCUCAGCAACCAUCGCAUCCUCUAAUGCAACAGUUCAGACCGCCUCCGAUGAGGCCUCCGCCUUCGAAUAUGCCACCACCUCCACCCUCAGGCAUGAUGGCCCCAUUGCCGCUUCUUCAGGUGGUGGGCCUCCACCACCACCACUAUGGGAGCACACACCUCCUACGCUCAGCAGAUGCGGGGGACGACCAGGGCCUCCACCUCCCAUGUCAAUGAUGCCUCCUCCGCCACCGCAUUCGGUUGGAUAACUAUUUUGAUGAGGUUGCUGGCUUUUGUAGAAUGUGACUGAUUGAUGUUGCAGCAGUUCUCUGAGUAUCGUCUUGAGAGGGUAUUAGUGCUCUAAUUAAGAGAAUAUAUGAAGUUCAAGCUGAAAAUUGGUUAUGAAUACUGGUUUUUUGUAUGUUAAUGAGUUGCUCGGUAAUGAAUUCAGAUUGCUGGAAACUUUGGUCUGUUGGAAUUUAUAUAUCCUGGUUUAUCGA